UUGCAAGCAGCGUAGAACAACAUGUUGCACUAAACUAAUUCACGGACCCCCGGACAGUCGUCUUGGAGUUGUUUUGGUUCCUCCUCCUCGGCGGCGCGUGUCAACGUAAAGUCUCGCAAAGGUUCUCAUGUGGCAGCCGCAGUGAGUUUCAGGACACACUAGUUGUUAAACCUAACACGGUCUUGCUCGCGCUUGGGACUUUGAUGUGUCUCGCUUGGCUUCAGUCGACUGCUCCUCGCACACUUUUUUUGGUUGAGGAGGUCGGAGGGGAGAGCAUGAGGACAGAGGAGCGACGUUACAAGAAGGGAUCGAUGUGCCGCGUGGGACAGCUGAUCGGGGCAGCUCCGGCCGAAGAGUCUCUCUAUGAGCGUCCCCUUGAAUGGGGCGGUGUGUUUUGAUCCAAAGUACCGUCCGGUGGGUGGGCGGGGAGGGUAGCGGUCCUCCCGGCGGAGAGGGUAGUCACGGCGGAGGGACUCCUGGCUGCGGGUUGAACGCUCAAACAGACACACUUUGGGUUCAUAUUUGGGGGGAUUAUGGUUCGGAAAAGGCCCGCCGCCGCUGCGGCUGCUGCGUCGCUGCCGGUUCGCCAACAAAGGAAAUACCUGUAGCGUCUCCCACCGCCGCCGCCGCGGCGCGAGGAGGCGAACACCUAGCGCGAGAGACGGCGCGACUCGCUAGUUGGUGAAAAAGUUGACAAAUUGUCUCUCGACUUGGCCAACUCGAGAGGACCAGCUGCUCGCGCGCCUGCGCAAUUACGCACGCGCGCGCCCUCUUCGCUGGGAAGUUUACUCUCUGUUGGAAAGUCCGCCGCGUCAACUUGCGUUGUCAAAGCCGUCAGCUCGCGCGCCGCGGGGAGUGGCUGUGCGAGGAUGGUGGAGAGCCGCAGCAGCGUCCAGCGGGAGGGGGUGUACCGCUGGUUCUCCUCCCUCACCUCCGCCCAGAGAGCCGAGUUCCUGUACGGCCUCCUGGACCUCUGCGUCCCCAUCGAGCUCCGCUUUCUCGGCUCGUGCCUGGAGGAUUUGGCCCGGAAGGACUACCACUCCCUCCGGGACGCGGAGAUCAGAGCCAACAACCCCGCCGACCUCUCGGCUCUCACCAACAUCACGGACGAGGUGGUGCGCAGCAAGCUGCUGCUGUCCCUCGCCCUGCUCGGCGCGGACAACCGGGAGGCCGCGGGGGUCCUGUACCGGACGCUGACUCACAUCGACACGGUGAUCAACAACUACGGGUUGGCGCUGAACGACGGGAGGACCGAGGAGCAGUUUCUGUUGCUCUUCACCAUGGCCUCCCACCACCCGGCCUUCAGCUUCCACCAGAAGCAGCUGCUGAGGCAGCAGCUCGGCCAGAUCCAGGACGUCCUGCAGGUGAGCAAGGGAGGAGGAGGAGGAGGAGGAGGAGGAGGAGAUGCUGGCGGGGAUCGAGCCUCCACCUGUCCCUCUCAGGCUCAUCACCACCAUCAUCGUCAGUCCCUGCCGCCGGUCUCGCUGCCCCCUCCCGCCGCCGCCUGCCAACCCUGCCACACACACUGCACCUGCUGGCAACAGAGUCAAACCAGAGAGGCCGGCGCGGUCUCGGGGGCCACCGCGGGAUGGCGAGACCCGGACCUCCCUCUACCACCACCACCUCCUCCUCCUCCACCUGCUGGGCAGGUCCAGGAUGCAGCAGCACCAACCAGGACCCGCACCAAAACGCUGAUCGAGAGGGUGGCGCUGAGAGGGGUGACCCGCACGCCCGAGGACACGCCGGAAUAUGUGCUUGAGGCCGGCUGGUCGGACGGUUUGGUGUCCUCCGUCGUCAGAACUCAGCCGGAGGUGACUGAGCUGCUGACCCAGCUGUCACAAGCCUUUCCUGAUGACUCAGUGGAUACACUCUUCCCUCAGUCCAUAGAGCCGGACCCCAGGAGUCCGACAGCGCUGCCCCGCCGUGUCCUCCAGCACCACAGCGUCCAGCUGUUCUUCACCUCUGCCAGGCCUCUCUCACCCAACUGUCCCGCCUCCCUCCCCUCCCCCCUCCCGCCAGUAUCCUCCUCCCAUCCUACGGCUCCUGUAUCCCCGACCUGUCCGUUCACCUUCAGCUCCAGUCUUGGCUGCAUGGUUCAGCACAGAGGAGCCAACAGGGCGGUUUACAGAGUGGCCAGCGUCCAGCCCGUCGUCAGCACCCACAGCUCUGUCUUGACCCGCCCCUCCCCCCCUCACCUCUCCUCCCUCCCUCUUCCUCCCCCCAUUCCGCCCCCCCAGCUGUCACCGCUCUGCUCGGCGGGCGGCUGCGACCCCCAACACAGUCAGCCCCGCUCAUACCCUCAGCACCACCUGCACGCUCCGCCCGGCGCUCCGCAUCAGUCGCUGCACCUGUCUCACUCCCAGCCCCUGCCCCAGUCCCAGUCCCUCUCGUACGCCCAGUCCCAUCCCCUGUCUCGAUCCCAGUCCUACCCGCAGACGCCAUGCCCGUCCCAGUCCAGCAGCGCGGAGCAGAGCGGCAUCCUGGACUGGCUCCGCCGGCUCCGGCUGCACAAGUAUUACCCCGUCUUCAAGCAGCUCACCAUGGAGGAGUUCUUGGCGCUGACGGACGAGGACCUGAACAACUACGACCUGACCCAAGGAGCAAAGAAGAAACUCAAGACUCAACUGGAGCUACAAAAGACUCAACUGGAGAUACAGAAGGAGAUGCAGAUGGAGAAGCGUCCCUGCAGCGGCAUCGCCAGGGUGACGCCCUCCAGUCACACGGGACCCUCGACACAUCCCACCUCCAGCGCAGGGGAGCUGCGGGCGGAGCCGGACGCCGGGCCGCAUCACCUCGUCUCCACGGACAGCAGCUCGUCCUCGGGCUACUCCAGCUCUCCCUGCUCCCCCCGAACGCCACGCGGCUGUGACUCCGCCUUCGACCGGACCAGAGACGUUCGCAGGCGUGUGUCCGGUCCCGAGGCCGCAGCGGGGGGUCCGGAGAAGGACCGGUCCGGUCUCUUCCUGCUCGGCUCCGGCUGCCCCGCGGGCGCCGGGCGCCCCACGGCCCAGGUCCUCCCCGUCCAGACCGACCCGGCUCCCCUUCACCCCCCCUCCUGCUCCUCCCACCUCCCCCUCGGCCACCCGCAGCCUCCUUACCACCCGCUGCUCUCCGCGGCCUCGCACCCGGCGAGCAUCCUCGCCUCCCCCCGUAAGCCCCGCCCCCCGCCGCUGUGCACAGAGGACAGGACCAAGCCGCCGGGCUCGGGCCCGCCCGUGGCCGGGGGCGCCGGCUUCCCGUCGGCGCUGAGCGUGGGCGUGGGGGUGAGGAUGGAGAAGCUGUUCGCCGGGCGCAACAUGGACGUCUCCUCCUCCGCCCUCCAGGACACGCUGGGCUGCCACGGCCUGGCGGGCGGCGCCGUGGGUCUGAUGGUGGAAACCAGUUCUGCUUUAACCUCCACCUCCAACAGCCUCCACCACGUCUCCCACCCGCCGCUGCACUUCCACCUCUCGUCCUCUUGCUCCCCUUCUCCACCCGGAUUCUACUCCUACCCUCCCACGUCUUUCUCGUCCUCCUGUGCCGCCGCAAAGUCGGGCGGCGUCCCCGUGGCGGCGGUGCCGGGCAACGCUUACUACCCGGCCCGGCCGACCUCCUGCCCCUCUUCCUCCUCCUCCUCCUCUUCCCCUUCGUUGGAUCAGAGUUCAGGUCACGGCCCGUCCACGUGUGUCUGCAGCUCCUGCGGUUGCCGGGGUAACUGCGGCGCCUACGGCGCGCUGCCCGGCUACGUGGCGGCGGCCGGCUACCUGCAGCCGUUCCCGGCCGGCCCCUCGCUCUUCACCCUGGGCCCGCUGCUCCACCUCAGCCCCCUGAUCGCCUCGUCCGGCUCCGCCGGCGCCGCCGCGCCCUUCUCCUACCCGAUGAUGGCACCGCCGCCCCUCUACCGCCACAGCCCGGCGUCACACGACCAGCAGCAGGGCUUCGCCUUCUACCAGCCCCACGGCAUCAUGGGAAACGGAGCCCACAAGUGGCCGGCGGGCAACGUGUCUUGUUACAACUGCGGCGCCAACGGACACCGAGCCGAGGAAUGCAAUCAGCCGGCGAUGGAUUCGGCGCCGCAAGGGACGUUUCGGCUGAAGUACACGCCUCACUCUGACAGUAAGGACUCGGGGGACUAACCCGCAGGGACGCCGGAGGAUUCAAACUGUCACACCUGUGCGGCAGGCGGUAGGCGGCAGGCGGCAGGCUGCAGGCGGCAGACGGUAGGCGGCAGGCGGUAGGCGGCAGGCGGUAGGCGGCAGGCGGUAGGUGGCAGGCGGCAGACGGUAGGCGGCAGGCGGUAGGUGGCAGGCGGCAGGCGGUAGGCUGCAGGCGGCAGGCUGCAGGCGGCAGGCGGCAGGCUGCAGGCGGUAGGCGGCAGACGGCAGGCUGCAGGCUGCAGGCGGCAGGCUGUAGGUGGCAGGCUGCAGGCACACUCCCGUUUUUUUUAUUGGAUUUUUUAAGUCAGAUUAGCUUUCAUCCUUUUCCGCGACUACAAAGCCCGAGGUCCCAGGAUCAUUUAUAUGCAGUAAUGUUUAUAGUAUACGUUUUUUUUUUGCAGCUAGAAAUCAACCAAAUAAUUCUGGGAACAGGAAAUGUUGCGAUACGUUCUCUGGGCAAAAGGCAAACAGACACCGAUUAAAGUUCUCAAAAGGAAGCUUAACGCCCACCUGCGAAGUCUUUUGCAGCUGUGAGCAGUUCCUGCGUUUCCUUUCGAGCAUUGCAUUGUGGGAGAAUUGUGUCCAUCAGCAGCUCACUUUGUGUGCAUAUCCACUGCAUUUGUUCACGUUUGCCUGGCGUGAACACAUUACCUAAGAAAUAAUAGUGAUAAACCCGGAAUGCGUUCAGGAACAGCCGCCGGUGACCCGGCUGCUCGUGUUUAUCGCGUACACAGACUGAAUGACCAGAUCUCUCUGUGCUCGUGGAAACGCGCUCCGCUUGUGGUGAUCACAAGCGAGGUAAUCCUCAUGGACGGAUCGCACGGCCUGUCGACCGGUGUUUCAGAAAGUCCUGAUACACCGAGUUUAAGAGAACGCCAAACCGACAUUUGGUUUCGAAGCAACGGAAAUAAGAAUUUGGGAAACGGAGGAGGAAACUCACUGGAAACCAUCGUUGAUCUAAAUUGAAGAUGUAUGACUCGCUUUAGCUUUGUUCAGAAACAUUUGGUCAGUUUUGAAUUCCUCCAAACACGGUUGAUAUCUCACAGGAGCAUCAGCCAUCUCGAAGCUUCUCGUGUUCGUCCAUCUGGGAUGGCGACGACGUCACGGCUGAGAUCAGAGACACUUGAACGCGUCGGCUCGAGCUCGGUGGAAAACGGUUUGAUGACGGCUCCGUGAGGAAAUGGAUGAAAACGGGUUUAAAAAAUCUAGGUUCAAGGAGGCGGGAGACACUCGACGCAUCAUGGGGAGAAGACACAGAACUUGUGUUUGUUUACAAGAAGAACUCCCCGAAAGGAGGUUCUGCUGAUCCUCUACAGACACCGAGACAAUCAGAAUGACCUUUGACCUUUCAGGUCGCGCCCGUGUCGGACGUUCCAAAAGUGACAUUUUGUUUUCCCGUUUACGUCUGAUGGCGCUUCCUUUGAGUUUCUCCGUGUUGUCGCUGCAAGCGAACUGAAGCUUGAGGGGGACGUCGAUCCGGGACUCGUUCUCACUCCCGCUGGAUGGGCGGAUCCGACUUCUUUUUAUUGUUGUUGUUGUUGUUGUCAUAAACACAGCAUGUACAGUCUUUUAUGCCAAACCCAGUUCAGGACUAUUCAAAUGGGAAAGGGCCUUGAUAAGUUUGAAGAUGUGUUGCAGUGUUUUCAUUACUCUUGAGUGAGUCGGUGGGCUGGACCCAGACUUCCUAGACACAAGGGCAGCCGGCCCUGAAGACGCAGCUCUGAUCUGCGCCCCUGGAGGGCGCACCGGGGCGCUUAUUUAAAGUUGCACAUGCUGAACAUUCAGUAUGCAGAGACAACUUCUGUAUGUAGUUCAAACAAAUGCAUUUGUAUUGUGUGUUGGAAAUUAAGCCCCGCCCACCGAAUGCCAUACUGGCCAAUCGGAGCGCAAGACCGGCCAAUGCUUUGACCCGAGUCAGAGACACCAAUAUAUAUUUAUAUAUGUAUUUAUAUAUAUAUUUAUAGAUAUUUUAAUAUAUAUAUAUAUAUAUUUAUUCAUAUAUAUAUAUAUUCAUUGAUAUAUAAAUAUAUAUAUAUAAAAAUUUAUAUAUAUAUAAAUAUAUAUAUAUAUAUUUACAGUUAUAAAUGUUUAUAUAUAUAUAAAGCUUGGCUGAGCAGCAGCUGGGGGGCGGGGCUUAACCAAGGGGUCAACUGUGUCACAGGAGUCCUAAAACUUGGAAGUGAGUCAGCAUUUCUUUUGAAUGGGUUCUUCGUGAGAUGAUGAGGUGAACACGAGCUUACGAGAAGCUUAACGUUUUGUUCAAUUCAAUACGAAACAUUCAAUACGUCAGUAAAUACUCAUGAAUGUUGAAGCUUUUACGUGGCUUUUAAAAAGUUGCUAAUUGAGACUACAAAAUGCCAAACCUUAAACGUGGUCUACAUUUGUGACGAUUAUGGGGGGAACCCCAUUGGCUUUGUUCAAGGAACCAGUGUGGCCUUCAGAAAUAUGUCAUCUCUCGUGUGCUUUUUAAUAAUUUUGCGGUUUCCGUAAACCGGACGUGAGUCUGGAUCUGUAGAAUAGAUCUCACCAGUGCCUUCAGCGUGCGUGUUCACCUUAAGAGGAGGAAAAAAAUGAUUUUGGAAUAUUUGUGUGCAAUUGUUUGAAUGCAGUUCAUUUUUUUCAUUACCUCAUGUGUUUUAAUAACUUGUUUUAUCUGAACCUUGAGGUGAGUAAUAAAAUAUGUUCUGAUUCUA